GCGCGCAUGCGCGCGCGCCCGCGGCGGCCCUCCUUCUUUCCCCGUCGGCCAACAUGGCGGGCGUGGAGCGGUCUGAGGCGAUCGCCGCCGCCCAGAGCCACCUCAACGGGCAGCUGGAGGCGGACGACAAGGAGGAACCGGCCGCCAUGGCCGAGGAGGCCGCCAAGAAGAAGAAGAGGAAGAAGAAGAAGAGCAGAGGCCCCGCGGCCGGGCAACAGGAAGCUGAGAAAGAAUCAGGAACUUCUGCUGAUGAGGUAGCAAAACAGCUGGAAAAACAAGUGCUGGAGGAAAAAGAAAAAGAUGAUGAAGAAGAGGAUGGAGAUGGUGAUGGAGAUGGAGCUGCAGGAAAGAAAAAGAAGAAGAAGAAAAAGAAGAAAGGACCAAAGGUUCAGACGGAUCCACCUUCCCUUCCAAUCUGUGACCUGUAUCCUGGUGGUGUAUUUCCAAAAGGACAAGAAUGCGAGUACCCACCAACUCAAGAUGGGAGAACUGCUGCCUGGAGAACUACCAGUGAUGAAAAGAAAGCGUUAGAUCAAGCCAGUGAAGAGAUAUGGAAUGAUUUUCGGGAAGCUGCUGAAGCACACAGACAAGUGAGAAAAUAUGUCAUGAGCUGGAUUAAGCCCGGAAUGACAAUGAUAGAAAUCUGUGAAAAGCUGGAAGAUUGCUCCCGCAAACUCAUAAAAGAGAAUGGCUUAAACGCAGGCCUUGCAUUCCCCACUGGAUGUUCUCUGAAUAAUUGUGCAGCCCACUACACUCCCAAUGCUGGCGACCCAACAGUAUUGCAGUACGACGAUAUCUGUAAAAUUGAUUUUGGCACACACAUUAGUGGCCGGAUCAUUGACUGUGCUUUUACUGUCACUUUCAAUCCAAAAUAUGAUACACUACUAAAAGCUGUAAAAGAUGCCACUAACACUGGAAUAAAAUGUGCUGGAAUCGAUGUCCGUCUUUGUGAUGUUGGAGAAGCCAUCCAAGAAGUUAUGGAAUCUUAUGAGGUUGAAAUCGAUGGCAAAACAUAUCAAGUGAAACCAAUUCGUAAUCUGAAUGGACAUUCGAUUGGACAGUAUAGAAUACAUGCUGGGAAAACUGUGCCCAUUGUGAAAGGAGGAGAAGCGACUAGAAUGGAGGAAGGAGAAGUAUAUGCCAUAGAAACUUUCGGUAGCACGGGAAAAGGUGUGGUCCAUGAUGACAUGGAAUGUUCACAUUAUAUGAAGAACUUUGAUGUUGGACAUGUGCCAAUAAGACUCCCAAGAGCAAAACACUUGUUAAACGUUAUCAACGAAAACUUUGGCACCCUUGCGUUCUGCCGCAGGUGGCUAGACCGGCUGGGAGAAAGUAAAUACUUAAUGGCUCUGAAGAACCUGUGUGAUUUGGGUAUAGUGGAUCCGUACCCACCCCUCUGCGACAUUAAAGGCUCGUACACAGCACAGUUUGAGCAUACCAUACUGUUGCGCCCAACAUGUAAAGAAGUUGUCAGUAGAGGAGAUGACUAUUAAACUUAAAUCAAAGGCCACCUCAACAUCUUUAUAUCCUAUGCUUUGUUGGAACGCAUUAUGCCAGAGUAAUUUGCAACAUAUUGUCCGUUUUAACAGUG